GCUCCUCUGCCGUGGUGAGUCGCACUUCCUGAGGCGGUGACGCAGACAGCGGACAGAGUGUUAACUUUACUUUCGGAGCGAAUUCUUUGUGUUUUGUGUUUUUUUCCCAACGUUUUUCGUGACAUUUUCGCGCGGUAGGAGUUCGUGAGUGGAACUUCCACGAUGGUCAAAGUGUCUUUUAACUCGGCUUUGGGCCAGAAAGACGUGAAGAAGGACGCAGAAACUCUUCUUCCCGACGAAGAGCGAGAUGCAGAGGCAGCGAUGGUUCCAGUCCUGGUUCCGGUGGCUCAGCAGACCCGGGCCUGGUGCUGGUGCAUGUGUCUGGGUCUCGCCCUCAUGCUGUCUGGAGUUGUGGUGGGCGGAGCCUACCUGUACCGCUACUAUAUCCUGGAGGAGGGUCAGGUGUUUGUGUGUGGCGUCAGCUACCGUGAAGAAGACUACAUGAUCCAGGAGGAGGAGGUGGACGUGGAGCUGCCGAGUCCUUACCACCUGCAUCAGCUGGAGGAGAGAAUCCGAGUCCUGGAGAGAGAACAGGUGGAACUGAUCAGUGUCCCAGUGCCGGAGUUUGAGGACGGAGACCCAGCGGACAUCGUCCAUGAUUUCCAGAGGAUGUUGACCGCCUACCUGGACCUGAAUUUGAACAAGUGCUACGUCAUCCCACUCAACACGUCCAUCGUCCUCCCGCCCAAGAACUUCCUGGAGCUGCUCGUCAACGUCAAGGUAACGUCUAAUCCAGACUUCAUCCAGACUCCUAAUCCAGAUUUCGUCCAGAAUCCUAAUCCAGACUUCAUCCAUACUCCUAAUCCAGACUUCAUCCAGACUCCUAAUCCAGACUUCAUAUAGACUCCUUAUCCAGACUUCAUCCAUACUUUAUCCGGACUUCAUCCAGACUUCAUCCAUACUUUAUCCAGACUUCAUACAGACUCCUUAUCCAGACUUCAUCCAUACUUUAUCCAGACUCCUAAUCCAGACUUCAUACAGACUACUUAUCCAGACUUCAUCCAUACUUUGUCCAGACUUUAUCCAGACUUCAUCCAGACUCCUAAUCCAGACUUCAUAUAGACUCUUAUCCAGACUUCAUCCAUACUUUAUCCAGACGCCAUACAGACUCCUUAUCCAGACUUCAUCCAUACUUUAUCCAGACUCCUAAUCCAGACUUCAUAUAGACUCCUUAUCCAGACUUCAUCCAUACUUUAUCCAGACUUCAUCCAUACUUUAUCCAGACUCCUAAUCCAGAC